UUUGCGAAUGAAUGAAGGCAAUUUUUGUUUAAAAUCCACCAAAUAAUUUUCUAAAAUCCACGAAAUUAUUUCAAAAUGUAUCUGCUAUAUUAAGGUCAUGUGUACCUACAGACCCCGUCUCUACCCUCUGCUGGUCAGCGUGUUUCUGUUGUCCUGGGGAAUGACAUCUAUACUUUACCAUCUGUAUUACCGAACCCCUGAAUUACAGGAUUAUAUUCUCUCAAUACUAACAUUCUCAUGUGGACUUUUCAUCCUGGCUGCCGUCACUAUCAAAUGGCCUCUUUUACUUCUACCUGGAGUACUAUUAUUGUUUUGUUUGGUUGUUUUAACUACUGUUCUGCUUGUUGUCUUUUCUCUACCUACUCCUUAUAUACCGCACCAGACAUGUUGUUAUAGAUGCAACCAGAUAUAUUCCUGUGUUACAGUAUCAUUAUUGGAUUAUAAGGUUUUAACAGAUAAAACUAAUAGAAACAUAAUGUACAUACUGUGUACUGCAACUCUGCUGGGAGAACUGAUUGCUUUACUUGUCAUGUACCAAGAAUACAGGAUGAAUCUACUGAAUACUGAAGGCUGGGAGGAUAAUGAGAAGCAAAGAGAAAGAAGAAGUUCAAGAUCAAACUCUCUCUCAACCUCUACAUCCACAUUAUCCUCAUCUGGGUCAAUUUACACACCUCGAGUUCUUUGAAAUAUUAUUAAUUCGUUAAAGAUUUAAAUAAAUUCUUGUUAAAAACAGUA